UUCGAACAAUAUGUGUUUGUAAAUUCAAUCCAUCCCCCAAAAUUGGUAGUGCCUGCCCAGAUGACCGAUGAGCAGAAGCUGAGAACUUUCAUGGAGCGACAUGGGGUGCGUGAGGAGGUGGCGCGUCGCUAUCUGAGUUCCAACAACUGGUCUCUGGACAUAGCCAGUAGCUCCUACGAAUCGGAUGCGGCGGCUAAGAAAGAGGAGCAGCCAGAGCCAGAGGGAAGCCAUCCCGAUCUCCAAUCCCUGCUGAGUCAGCACUCCCGGAAGAGGGAGAGCCCGGAGCAGGAUGGCUAUCAGGCGGGAGCCUCGGACAGCUCCUCCGAUCACGAGGUUCCUCCGGUGGGCAAGCGGGUAAACAUCAAUAACUCCACGCCGGCCAUCACGAAUAACGAUAGCGAUCGGAGUCUGAGGGUCUGGGGCCAUGGCGUUCGCCUGGGCAGUGCCCAUCCCAUCAAUCCGCCUCCUCGCUCGGCAGCCGAGGAAGAUUCCGACACUGAACCCACCGACGAUGAGCACACCAUUGUGGUGCUGCAUCUCUGGUCGGAGGGCUUCUCCCUGGACGAUGGCUCCCUGAGGCCAUAUGCUCUGCCGGAGAACGAAAGAUUCCUGCGCGCUGUCUUGAGUGGCGAGUUCCCGGAGGAAAUGCUCCGAGUUCCCAGGGUUCAGUUGAGUGUGCAGGAUCACACCAACGAACCCUAUCGUCACUUGUCGCGGAAACAAUUUAUGGGACCCGGCAGACCACUGAACAGUCCUCCAUCGCGGAUUGUCGUGGGUCUGGUGCCCCUGCCCGUGGAGCCCCAGUCGCUGCAACUCAACGAGGGGGCCGCCAUUACGACGGUUCAGUUGAGGAUGGCAGAUGGAAGUCGGGUGGCAGGACGCUUCAAUCUCACCCACAACGUGGGGGAUCUCUAUCGGUAUGCCCGACUGGCCAGACCGGAGUUCUCCAGUCGAAACUUCGUGCUCAUGACCGCGUUUCCGCGACAGGAACUCCUCGAAACGGACACCCGAACUCUGGUCCAGGCGAAUCUCUGCAACGUGGUGGUCAUCCAGCAUUUGAACGAGGAGCAGGCGGAUCCCUUGUCCAGUGAUGCUUCCGAGCAGGUUGUGAAAUAAAAGGCAGUUGAGACAUUAUUAUUAAAAGAGGG